AUGACCGUCGCCAAGUCUUCCACCUGCUGCGGCAAGGGCAACGUCGAGUGCGCCUGUGCAAAGCAGGCCACCUGCUCAUGCGGCAAGCAGUCCGCCCUGCACUGCAGCUGUGACAAGGCCGCCAAGGAAAACGCGGUCGAGGGGCCCCGCUGCUCGUGCCGCGCCAGGCCUGCGGGAGAGUGCACUUGUGACCGUGCUACCUCCGAAAACACCAAGCCCGCGGGCUCAACGUGUCAAUGCGGCGUCCGCCCUGCAGGCGCCUGCACUUGCGAAAAGGCCAGCGAUGGCGGCUACAACCCUGCCAACGAGAUUGAUUUUACGACCAGCAAAUAG